CCCUCUUUUUACCAGUGAAGAUCGACGGUUUUGACCGAUAGGCGCAGGGAGCCAUACCCAUGUUCUUCUUGAGGCGCUAAGACUAAGCAUGAGUCGGAAGCCGUUGUUCGCACGGAAAUUCCAGGCUGCGGGGACUCUGCUGGCGGAUGAUGCUCCCGUAUCACCAGCAGCACGAGGAGGCGAGAGAGUUUCCUCCUCGAAAGUUGAGCCCGCUUGGCUGUCCUCACUCGAUCAUGCGGAGGGGUUGCUGCGUUUGCUGGACGCAGCAACGGUCCGGGAGGAGUACUUCAGCGUAGCCCCUGGCUCCGUUGAGCAUCAUUAUCGUACUGCGACGAACGGCGAUUUGCAGGAGGAUGCUGUUAAGAAUUUGACUUUUAGUACUUGUGAUGGUGUGUUUGGGGACGUUGAGUAGGUUGUACUUGCUAUCAAUAUCAUUAAAUACAACAAGCAUUUUUGUCGUUUUUCGUAGACAAAAGUUGUCGGUUCUGGCUAAUGAUCCUAGCGGCGGGAUACGAGGAGCGGCAUCAGCUACUGUGAGUUUCCAUCCAACGAGCGCCGUUAGCGUUGAAGGUGCAAGGUCGAUGACUGGUGGAGUAGGCGUGCUAGCGACACACUCACAUGGAGGGGUCGUGAGUGGAACCGGAGUAUCUUCAGGUCUCGCGACCUGGCACCGGGUGAAGCGAUUCAUUAGUUCGGCGGUUUUUUACCGCGAUCAGGCGAAAGAAAAGAUGCAGCAACUCGAGAAAAAACUCUGCCGCUAUCGAGAGUUUGAGCAUCUUGAUUAUGCAUCUGAACUAGAAAUACAACUUCUCAGUUGAAUGGAGGAGAGGAGAAGGACCAUGUUGACCAGCAAGUCAACCCACGUUGACCAAGUCAACCCACGUUGACUAAGUCAACCCACGCUGACGAAUUCUACCCACGUUGACCAAGUCAACCCACGCUGACCAAGUCAACAUGCUAUACCCUGUGAUCAAACUGCUCAAAGUAUAACAAUAUCCUCAAAUUUGAGAUCGAGAUGUGCUGUGACUAGAAGAUGGAUCCUCCUCUUGCUCUUUCAUGAUCAACAGCAGAUUCACGAGCUAAAAGCACGGAGACUGGAGCUGCUGCGUGAGGUGGGGACACGAGAGCGCAAUUUCGGAGAGGACUUAGGAGUCAGUUCAAAGUUGCGGACUUUGCAACAACGGGCGGUGGAAUGGCAAGAUGCUAGUGUGGUGUUGAAGCGACUGGUCUUCGAAGAGAAACAGGUGUGUGACCGUGCGCGGCGCGGCCUCAAGCUGUUACAAUUAUGGUCAGCUUUGUUCUUUCUUUUCUAUCUGCCUCUGGUCUUUCUUUUUUCUAGUUAGGUCGGCUCGAGCACAAUUAUGGUCAGCUUUGUUCUAUCCUUCAUCUCAGCCUCUCGCUACCCUUUUCCCACGGAUUUGGGAUACAAGGGAAAAGGUAAGUACCAACAUGAAGAAACCGACGAGACGGACGAUGCAGGCACACACUAAUACAAGGCUUUCCGGCGCCACCAGCGACAUCGGUGCUGGAUACCCCUGAGGACCUGGCGAUGUGGAGUCCACCUGGAGACGCCAAUCAGGUGUCCUCUGAAGGACAUAGAACAACAGCUAAGGUCCACGAGGAGAAUUUGUCUUUACAGAGUAUGUAUCUCAGAAGUUUGUUUGUUCUUGGAUUGUUCACAGGCUGUGACUUUAGAAGAUGAGUUAUAAUGUUCUUUCAUUUUUUGAGAAGAGUAGUUGCUUUUUAACAGGUGUUUAGAAGUCUAAGGGUAGUACGAGACUAUCAUAAGGAGCGCUAAUUUUGGUUCUGCAAACGUUCUAGUGCAUCGCAGUGUGCGCUUGCUUCGAGAUCGCUACUGUGUUUUGGCCGUCUUUGAAAAAGAGGCUGAGAUCGCAAAAGAUACGGGCGCUGGUCUUGCGGCGUAUUACCUAGCCGAGCCUGCGAGCGGCGUCGAAUCUUCCUCGGCACCAGCUGCAGCAUCUGCAACCACAUCAUCAUCUGCGACUGCGACGUCUGCGACGGGAAGUUCCUCCUCUUCCUCAGCAGCACGCGUUUUCUUGAUUCUGGUGUACGACAUUGGGAGCAACAAAGUGUACCUUCGAGAGGCGCGACCUUCACGCAAGGACCUCCUAUGCGGUAGUACCAGUGCGUAUGUCGGGGGACUGCUUCGAAAGAUCGAGUUUUCGUCUGCUCACGCAACGCCUUCUUCUUAAGGCUCUCACUGUGAUGAAUUAUUCACCUCUGACUUCUGCUUGCCUGUAAAGGACUCUUUAUCUACUCGAUGAAGACUAGUAGCUGCUACAAAGAUGCAUACGACUUGUAGAGUAUUCAUCCACUUGAUGAAUAGAACAAAGUACUAGAUGCCACGACCAGAAGAUGAAUACUGGAUAGCCCUAAUCUUGCUCGUCCACCGUGCAAAGCCCUCAAGGGUUAGGAGAGGUUUCCGCUUCUUUAGAGAUUCCUCGUACAGCGCUCCCUAGACCCGCAGUGGCGCACCAGGGUCUUCGAGAAUUGUCAAACGGGAGCGCUCUAGGCUAUUUUCACGUCAUGGUGCACGUGCCCGAAGCGAUCGAUGCACACCUGCUAGUAGUUGCCUCAACAUCUUCCAGCGUGGGAGCGGUGGGGCCUUCAUCUCAAGAGAAGGGUGGACAGCAGCCAAGCCAGGGUCGACGCCUUGUGCGGUUGUUUGAUGCUGCAACCUGUGCCUUGCACACCAUAUCAUUGCCGACAACAGACGCGGACCCGGAGCCACCCGCCCAUGGCACAAAGCCAGACAGUCAGGGAACCUCAGCAUUGCUGGACGAUGGUAUUUUCUCUCAUAUUAAUACUUCUGCAAUUUGUCCUCAUCGCAACAUUAGAAGCGUACUCCCUUUCUAUUGAAUUUAGCAACAUACAUCAUUGAAAAACAGAGCAAACUACUCUUUAGCAAUAUUAGGGUAAGUUGUAGCCAGUGGCUUUUGUUGGUGCAUGAUUGCAACGAGAAUACUAUUUUCUUCUCAAUGAAGAUGAAAGACGCUGCGACUCAGUGUCAGUGCGUAUUGGCAGACACAGGAUGGCUCUUGUUGAAUAUUCUGCUCGUUAAGUAGCUGUCCUGUUGCAGCUUUCACGAUGUGUCUAGAGGACUAGGUUACGAGGUGCAGCCCAUGCAUUCCUCAGUUGUUGAUGCAAAGCUCUCGUCAGCAAAUAAAUUGAAUUAUUUUGAGACAAAAUCAAAAUUUAUUGGAUUGAGUUUGAAAAUUGAGACUUGUUUUUGAAAUCUUAGAAAGUUUAGGACCAUUCUUGGAGGGUUAUGAAACUUUAGAGAUAGUAGAAAGUCAAUUGAUCAUGAUGCGAUAAGUUGGUCAUUUGGGAUAAUUUGACAUUGUUCAGUUGUCAGUGCAAAACUCUCUUCAGGAAAUGAAUUGAAUGAUUUUGAGAUAUAAUCACAAUUUUUUGGAUAUGAAGGAAAAAGCAGGAAAUUCGUUUUCAAAGUGUGAGGCAUUCAUGCCUAACUCACGAAUAGCACUUACCUAUCAAAUUCUAGCAAGCUAGCAGCAUUCAACUAUAAGAUAGCCUCUCUACUGUCGUUAUCAUGAUCUUUAUCAUCCUCCUCUUCCUCCUUCUUCUCUCCUCGUCCUCUCCCUCCUUCUUCUCUCCCUCGUCCUCGUCCUCUCCCUCCUUCUUCUCUCCCUCGUCCUCGUCCUCUCCCUCCUUCUUGUACUCCUCCCUGUACCUAAACCUGAUCCUGAAACUGCUCCUGCUUCCCCUCGUCCUCGUCAUCUUGAAUGUGCCCUCCCCCCUAUUAUUUUCACUCUUAUCGCUAUCGUCAUCCUUAUCAUCAUUUUCAGACGCAGUAUUUGAGUACUUCGUGCAGCAAUUACAGUACGACGGUCAGACAUUGCGAGUCUUGAGGCCACAGGCAUCGAACAAGUUGGAGAAUUUUGUGUCCCUGGAAUCGAACUUACGGCGUUCUACCAUUCAUAUUUGCUUCUAGUCCUUGCUGCGUUUGUACUAAGACUAACCAGAGAGAGGCGGAUACUUUAGUCCUGCACAGAAAAAAAGUCCUUCUCAUAUUGCCGCUUUAGCUACUUAUCACUUUCUGACGUAGACGGCCAUCUCUCUAACUCACGCAGCAGGAGCAGGAGGACACGGAAAAAACAAAGAGGAGGAUUCUGGAACUGCAGGGAAGAUGGGUGCAGCUUCAUCUUCUGCAGCCAAUUCAAGAGGAGACGGCUCGUCCAAAGAAUCUGAGUGCCAUGGUGCGUUGGAGCAAGGCAUUGUGGUGAAUAUAACGAAGCGUAUUGGGGAAAGUCGCCAAUAUUGUUAUGAGCUAUAAUUUGUCAGCAUUUGAUGUCAACUUUAUCCUCUUCCUUGUAAUUGUAAGAUCAAUUCAAUCAAGGACUAUUCAGGGAAUACUUCGGGACACUCCAUUUUUUAAGUUCAUCGCGCAAUAUCUUGAAAGUCAAAAAAAUAAAUGAUUGGUUGGUUGUACUAAUCAUUGACGAUGAAAAGAAACACUCGGAGACUUGCUUGCGUGCGUGGCAAUCCGCACGUGGAAGCAAUAGCAUGAACUUGAACUCUUUUCAGUACCGACAAUCCGCUAAUCCUUUUUGUACAGACAAUCCGCGAAUACUUUUCAGUACAGUUUUCAGUAAAGCUAGUACAGACACAUUAUAAAAAGCUCCUCCGCUAAUCCUUUUUGUUGCGCGGAGCCGUGCUGGAGGAGGAUGGCAGUAGCAAAUUGGGCGUGAUCUUGUACGACCCUCUGACGGAAGGCCGUUGGAUGUGCGAGAGGUUGUUCGAUCUCAACUUAAGGCUUCUCUAAUUGUGAUAGAGCUAGAAGCUACUCUAAUUGUGUAAUUAAUGCACCGAUGCUGUUAGAGUUAGAAGCUUCAUCAGGUUCUCUUUUUUUGAGUGGUCUAACUAAGGUUCAGGUUCUCCUUUUUUGAGUGGUCUACGUCUAACUCUGCAAGUAGCAUUAGGUGCAAGCAAUUAUUUGAAUAUGUGGGGACACAACAUGAUACCUUCCAUAUUUAAGUGAUCCCUACAUCCAUCAUCUAACAAAAAAUGUUGUAUCGGGACUUGGCAGUCCUACUGGAGCUCCCAAUCCGGCGGCGAUCACAAAGAGCAUCUCUGCAUUCUUGGAGAAAUUGGAAUUUAAUCCGGAGAGGGGUCUGUAUGUCUCCUAGAAGGGUCAUAGUGGAAUACGCGUUCGCCACUGCUGGGUAAGUUGAAUCAUGACAGGGACACUGCACCUUGACGAUUGUGUUGGCCUGAUCGUGUAUUUGCAUCACUGAAACAGCUUCGGUUUACGAUUCGUGUUUGUGAUAACGAUUUCUUGCUGCUUGCUGUGCUAGUGAAGAUAAUUUUGUUUAGGGGCAGAGCUAGUUUAGCUCCUGCGAGCAUACAUCAUCGUGUUUUGCUAGAUCGCAUAGGAAUUUGCAUCAACUUUCAAGUUCUAAACCAAUGCUCUAGUAGAGUGUAAUCAUAAAUAUGUAGUAAAAUUAUGUAGCAAGUGCAAGAAUCAAUUGCUCCAAGUUGUUUACUUUUGAUGUAUUUCGAUUUCCUUUAGACCAAGAAAUAUCUAUCCAUCUUUACUCAAAACAUCGUUAAGUUUGAACUGUUUCCUCCAACUACUUCCACAAGUAUUAGCAACAUGUUGUAGCGUUGUGCAACACUUAGGUACGCUCAGCCAUGCGAAGAAACUACUGACUGACACUCACUGUACAAAAAGUAAUUUUGCAAAAUAAAUAAUGGCAAAAAGUUCAUGAAGUUGCUAUCAACAUUAUAAGACAAGAGUCCUCGCUGUUGCAAUUAUAGAUAAGCAAAACCGUACAACUGGUACUGUCUUGAAACUAACGAGACAUCGACCUGUUUCUCAGAGAAGUAGUUACCCCCAAUCAUCUCUACCUUUGUUCAGAUGUUGUGAAAGAGCCCUUUGGUCCGUCUUAGUUCGUGGUUGCGGG